AUAUUCAUGGAGAAAGUUUCAAUAGAGGAUAUAAUAUCUCUCAAAUACUUAUUUAUUUAAUUUUAAAAAGAGUGAAACUAAACGUAACAAAACAGAACAAAGUAGGUCAGAAGGAAGCAAUGUAAGUUACACAAAUUUCAAAGCAAGAUAACAGGGUAUCUACCAUGGCUACCAUAAUGUCUUUUGUUUUCUUCCAAGUAGUCAUCCAUAUCUUCACACAAUGAAUUCAUACGAAAUGAAAUAGUGUUAAACUGAUCAGAACACAGUGAUGAAGGCAUUAUAGGCCAGACAAUAGGAAAGCCAACAAUGGCUGCCAUAAUGUCUCUCGUUAUCCUCAAAGUAGCUGUCCAUACCCUCAUGUAUGUUGAAAUUAAACAAUACAAAACAGACUAAAAUCACUCUGAACAAAUAAAAAUAGCAUUAUUGGAUUUCACAGCCUGACAAUACGGUAUCAACAAUCGAUACCAUAAUGUCUCUUUUUCUGCAAAGUAGCUGUUUAUUUCAUCACGCACAAUAUAAUUGAUUCUCAUAAACUGUUUAGGGGAAGUUCUACACAUGUAUAAGUCUCUACAUGUACACCUAUACUCUCUCUAUUAGAGAGAAAAUCAAAACAUAACAAAACAAAUUACUAGAAGAAUAAGAAACAAAAAGACAAAUAAGUAACAAUAGCAAAGAGCCUAAAACAAUGACGAUAUAAGCCUUCAAAACAAGGUGGUAGGAGCAUCACUAGAGUUGACAUUUUGCAUAAUGAUCUUCAAGAGUUCCUCAGAUCCCCAGACAUUAACAUGUAAAAUUGUCCCAAUUAUAUGAAUGUUAGCUGUUUUGUUCCAAACUUGUGAAAUUUGAAGCACAAUUGUCUUAGCUAUCCUAAGUGUGUUUAUACAAUUUUAGAUAUUUUUUCUUUUUCCUCUUUUUCUUGAGAUAUUAUUUUUCCCUUUUGAGCAGAUUCUUAUCCUUUCACUGUAUUUAUUGAGAAUUUUCAAUCUUAUGUACUCUUACAAUUUAUUAUACUAGGGAGACAAUACAAUAUUUACACAUGUGAGUUUGAUUUAUUUCACUUAUGACUAUGGUCUCAAGUUGUGACCAUUUAUUUACAUAUAUCUCAAUGUGAUCAUUCUUUAUAACUGAGUAGUACUCCACUGCAUAAAAAUAUCAUCUUUUUUACCCAUUCCUCAGUUGAUGGGUAUUUAGGUUGUUUCCAAAUCUGGCUAUUACAAAUUGUGCUGCUAUAAACAUGUGCACAUAUAUCAUUGUGAAGCGAUAUUUUCAGUUCUUCUGGAAAUAUGUCCAGUAGUGGAAUAGCUGGGUCAAAUGGGACUUCCAAUCCCAGCUUUUUGAGGAACCUCCAGACUGACCUCCACACUGGUUGCAAUAAUCUGCACUCCCACCAACAGUGCAGAAAAAGUCCUUUUUCCUCCAUGCAGCCUCUCCAGCAUUUGUUGUUAGUUUUCUUGAUCCUAGCCAUUUUUCUGGAAUGAGAUGGGAUCUCAGUGUCAUUUUAAUUUUCAUUUCUCUAAUGACCAAUGAUGUUGAACAUUUUUUCAUAUAUUUAUUUUCCUUUUGUAUUUCUUUGUCUGAGAACUGUGUAUUGAGCUCAGAUCCCAUUUUUGGAUUGGGUCUUUGAAUUUCAGGAGUUUGAUUUUUAAAAUAUUCCUUAUAUGUUCUAGACAGAAGUCCUUUGUCUAAGGAUGUGACCCCAGUUAUAGAUUCUGGGAAGUAUUUCCCACAUGGUUUGAUUUUUGUUCAUGAAUUCUCCUCGUAUCCCUAUGUCUUCAAGAUUUCUACCUACUUUGUCUUCCAACAGAUUUAGUGUUUCUGUUUUAAUAUUUAGAUCUUUGAUCCAUUUAGAUUUUAGUUUAGUAUGUACACUAGUUUGUAGUAUAAAUAUGUCAGUUUUUUGGUUGCUAGUGUGAAGGAUGUGGCUUCUCUUAUUUCUCUCUCAGUGAUUUCACUGUUCAUGUACAGAAAUGCUAUUGAUUUUUGAGUGUUGACUUUGAUUCCAGCUACAUUACUAGAUUUAUUUAUUAUACCUAGGAGUCUUUCAAUGGAGUUUUGAGGGUCUUCUAUGUAGAGUAUCAUGUCAUCUACAAAUAAUGAUAAUUUAAAUUCUUUUUUUCCUAUCCUUAAUCCUUUUAUUUCUCUCUCAUGUCUAAUUGCUCUGGCUAUUAUUUCCAGCACUAUUGAAUAGCAGUGGCAAUAAUGGACAUUCUUGUCUUAUUCCUGAUUUUAGGGUAAAGGGUUUCAGUUUUUGGCCAUUUAAUAUGAUGCUGGCUAUUGACUUUUAUCAUAUCGAGGUAAAGAGCAUCUAUUCCAACUUUCUGUAAGGUUCUUAUCAUAAAUAAGUGUUGGACCUUAUCAAAAGCUUUCUCUGCAUCUAUUGAAAUGUUCAUGUGAUUCUUAUUUUUGGCUCUACUGAUAUAGUGGGUUACAUUUAUUGAUUUUCAUAUAUUGAAGCAUUCCUGUAUUCCUGAGAUGAAUCCCACUUGGUCAUGGUGUAUAAUUUUCUUCAUGAUUUCAUGCAUUCUGUAUGCCAAAAUUUUAUUGAGAAUUCUGCAUCUAUGUUCACUAGGGAAAUUGGCCUGUAGUUCUCUUUUUUGUUCUGUCUUUCUCAGGUUUUGGUAUUAGAGUAACACUUUCUUCCAGGAAUCAGUUAGGGAAAAUUUCUUCCCUCUCAAUCUCAUUGAAUAGUUUGAAGAGUGUUGUCACUAAGUCUUCUUUGAAUUUCUUGUGGAAUUCAGCAGUGAAUCUAUCUGGACCUGGGAUUUUCUUUGUUGGUAAGGAUUUAAUUAUAUUUUCAAUUUCAUUAAUUAAAAUUGAGUUGUUCAGCAGAUUUACAUCUUCUUGACCCAGCUUUGAUAAUUCAUGUGUUUCUAGGAAUCUUAUCAUUUAUUCUGUGUUAUCAAACCUAUGAGAGUAGAAGUUUUUGAAAUAUGUAUUGAUGAUCUGUGUUUCCACAGGGUCUGUAGUGAUUUCACUCUUUUCAUUGUUUAUUACAUGAAUUUGAGUUUUUUCUUUCCUUUUUCAAAUAAGAUUUCUAGGAACUUAUCAAUUUUAUUUAUUCUUUCAAAGAACCAACUCUGAUUCAUUGAUUCUUUGUAUCAUUUUCUUAUCAGAUUGAUUUCUGCUCUGAUAUUUAUAAUUUCAUCCCUUCUUUUGGCUUGGGCAUCACUUGUUCUUCUGUUUCUAGAUGUUGGUAGUGUUGCAUCAAGUUGUUUAUUUGUGUUCAUUCUGUCUUCCUGAUGUGGUAAUUCACAAUAAAUUUUCCUCUGAGGACUGCUUUCAUUGCAUCCCACAGAUUCCAGUAAGAUGUAUUUGUAUCUUCCUAUGCCUGUAAAUAUCGUUGAAUUUCUUCUUUAAUUUCCUCUGUGUCCUACUGAUUGCUCAGGAGUGUAUUAUUCAAUUUCCAUGUGUUUGUGGGAGUUUCGCAGUUUCUUUUAUCAUUAAUUUCUAGUUUCAUGGCACUGUGAUAAAAUAACAUGCAUGGGAUAAUUUUAAAUCUUUUGCAUUUACUUAAGCAUGUUCUGUGGUCUCGUAUAUUGGCCUAUCUUAGAGAAUGUCCCAUGUGUUGUUGAGAAGAAUGUAUAUUCUGAUGUUGUUGGGUGGAACACUUUGUAAAAGUCCACCAAGUGCAUUCGUUCACAAAUGUGAUUCAGUUUUACUAUUUCUUUGCUAAUUUUCUGUCUAGUUGAUUUGUUCCUUUGUGUCCAUGGCAUGUUAUGGUCUCCUGUUAUAAUUGUGUAAUUGCUUAUUUGAUUUUUCAUUUCUUUUAAUAUUUGUUUUGUAUAGCUGGGUGCUCGAAUUUGGUGCACAUAUAUUUAAGAUUUUUAUCUCUUCCUCUUGAAGUUUUCCCCUAACUAGUAUGUAGUGAGCUUCUUUAUCUCUUUGAUCAUUCUUGUGAUCUGUAUGUCAGUUUCCAUUCUCAUGUUUGGGAAAUUUUCAGCUACUACGAAUCAAAUUCAUGAGGUUGUGCUGACUAAGCAGGUGCUUAUGCUGCUGAGUUAAAUCCCCAGCCCAGCUAUUAUUUCUGUAAAUAGCCUCUUAAUAUCAUUUGUGUUGUCACUUUGUUUUUCAUUUAUAUCUAUCAAUCUUAUGUUGUUCUUCUUUGCAUCAUCUUGCAGCUGUUGAAUUGUUAUUUCUUAAUUCCUUGUUAUUUUUAAAAGAUUUACUGUUCACUAGCUGCAAUCUUGUCUUUGAGGUCUGAAAGUCUUUCUUCACUUUUAUUGUGUUUUGCUGAGUUGAUUUUGGCAACUUUUGAAGGGAUUUUUUUUAUUUCCUGUAUAUCAUGUUACUGGGAUGUCUUACCAGAUGCUCCAGGUAGGGAAACUCAAAGACAUUUAUGUCUGUGGCCUUAUGAAAGUAGUAAAUUCUAAUAUUCAUAGAAAAUCUCAAAAUAUUUUAAAAAUAAUUAUAUCUCUGAAUUACAAGCAUGGACAGUUUGCACUGAAAUGAACAAGAGAAUAAAAGAAAUAACAUAAUACAUACAUGCAUUCAUGUGUUUGUUCCCCAAAUAUUGUGAACUGAAUCCAAAAGAAAAUAAAAAUUUCUCCAAAUCAGAAAAACAACCAGUCAGCCAAGCAAAGAAAGACCUAUAAAUUAAGAAAAAAUGCUCAAUCACAAUUAUUAUACAUGAAUUGCAAGCCACAAUACAAAGAAACUACAUUUCUCAUUCAUCAGGCAAAUUUUUAUAAAGUUCAGCAACAUUUUAUACUAUAGAUUUAGUGAGGAAAAGUUAUUUUUAUGCAUUGCUAAUGGGAAGGCUAAAUGCUACAUUUCCAAGGAGGAAAUUUUCCCUCUCACUCUGCUCUUCUUUUUAACACAUUAUUUGAUAAUGAAACAUUUUUUUUUCUCUUUUUGUUUUGGUGUCUUCAUACAGGCAUGUGUAUGUGUAUACACACACACACACAUACACACACACAAUGAUUCAGCAAUUUCAAUAGUUAAGAAGAAUCAUAACGGCACUCUAUAUUCUACUCUGGUGAAGCCCCACAGUAUCAAAUAUUCUCAGACUUUUUUCAAAGAUUCCAAGUUCACCUUCCCUGUACUUUUAAUCUUUGAAUCACUGUUCCAAUUAUAAACGUGAGUUUUGAGUUUUGAAUGAUGAUUCUGAAUGUUAUCCUCCAGGACUUUCCCUAAUAAUCAAGAAAUAUCAAGAGGUGUAGUCAUUGAUUAAAUAAAAAUGGAGGAAUGACUGAAAUAUUGUUUCAUACACAUGCUUUCUUUUCUCAUGUUGUUUUUAUUAUAAUUUAUUUUAACUGACGCAUGACAUGUACAAAUUGUACAUAUUAAUGGCAAAACCAACUAAUGGUUUAGUAGAUGCAUACAUUAUACAAUACUCAAAUGUGUUAAAUAGAUGAAUAUCUUCAGAGCUUCAUUUUUUUGUUGUUGUUCGUUUUCUUUUAUCAUGUACUGUGCUGGGCAUAAAUCCAGGGCCUUUGCACUUAGCUGCUUUCUUACCCUAAUGCUUCCACUCUCCUCCCCUCCACUUUCUUCCUCUUCUGUUUCCCUCCUCUCCCUUUCUCUUUCUAUUUUGAGACAAGAUCUUGAUAAAUUGCUACACUGCCCAGGAUGAGCUCAAUUUUGUAAUUCUCCUGACUAAGCCCCCAGAGUGCUUGAAUUACAGAGAUGCAUCACCAUAUCUGGCUCAGUCAUCAUUUCUGUUCGGUAAAGUCCUUUCUUUCAAUUUUUUGAAAUGUGCACACCAUUAUUAUCUAUCCUCACCCCACUGGAUCACACCACAACAGAACUUGUUACUGUUAUUUAACUGUAACUAAGCACACAUUUACUAGCAUUUCCCUUGCUUCUUCCACCUGGUAAACUCCACUGCCUGUAGUAACCUUAAUUCUUCCUUAAUUAGCAGGAGAUCAAGUUGUUUAGGUUCUCCACAGUUAGAACAUGUAUUGCUUGCCUUUCUAUGCCUGGGUUGUCAAUGUAAUUAUAAAUGAUAAGAUUUCUGUGUUUCAUAUGACUGAACAGUAUUGCAAUCUGUGUAUAUGUCACAUGUUCAUUAUUCAUUCGCCAGUUAGUGGACACUGGGGUUAUUUGCAUUUUUAAAUAUUGUGAAGAGUACAGCAAUAAACAUGGGGAUAUCUCUUUGAUAUACUGAUUUCAGAAAUCCAGUAGCAUGAUGUUUGCAUCAUAUUGUGGUUCCAUUUUUGGUUUUCUGUUUCAUUUUAUUUUUAUUAGAACAUAUUAGUUAGACAGAAUAGUGAGUUUGUAUUGACAUUUUCCUGCUUGCAUGUAAUGUUCUUUGAUCUUCUCCACUCCUUUUAUUCCUUUUCCCUUUCUCCAAUGCCUUAUUCAUAACCUCUCUGCUAGUGCCUUCCACUUUCAUAUUGUCUGUGAUAUUCACUUUUUAGAUUCCAUACAUGACAGAAAUUGUUAUAUUUGGGUUUCUGAAUCUGGUUUAUUUCACUUAACACUAUGAUAUCCAGUUUGAUAUAUUUUACUGAAAAUGACAUGAUUUCAUUCUUCUGUGUGGUUAAUCAUCCAUUGUAUAUAUAAACCAUGUUUUCUUUACUCAUUCAUCACUUGAUGGCAGCUGAGCUGUUUUUGCAGCUUUGUUAUUGUGAAUUACACCACAGUACACCUGAGUAUAUAAGAAUCUCUCUAGUACGUUGACUUUAAUUUUUUGAGGAAUAUCUUAAGACUGGUAUUAUUGCAUAAAACAGUAAGUCUAUUUCAGAAGCUUUUCAGUCUUUUAAACAAUGAAAAUAAAAAUUAAAAGUAAAUUCUAAAAUUAUAGAUAAUAGGAUCAAUCCAUAAAAUGGCAUAAAUUAAUGUAAAACAAAUGUAAUUAAUUUUAAGAAAUACGUGCUGUAUCUGAAUUGAUUGACAGUUUGCUUGUUUGGUAGAUUGUGUCUUAGAGCUUUAUACCAAAUGACAAAUUAGUUAUGAAGCUGAAGUUUUACUGAGAAAAACCAUGCAAAGUCCCCACAGAGACAAAUAGCAUUAACUAUUCUUGAACUGAAAGAAGCUAAAAGUGAUACAAGAUAUUUUACUUUUAAGAUUCUUGCUCCUAGAACUAUAAUUGAAAAUAGGGUGUGAUAUCUAAUAAUACAUUACACAGAACUAAAACAGCAGUGGAGAGGUGACCAGCUUGCGUGCGUGUAUUUCAUUCCUUUUGAAAUGCUAAGACUUGAACAAAACAUAUUGACCACUACAGAAAAUAUACUAGGUAUUUUAAAAUAACUGAAAGUCCGACUCGUGACAGGUUCCACCCUAAUGAUGUUUUCAGGUGUCAGGACUUCCUAUGUGGUUGUAUCCGGAGAGCUCGCAUUGCUACAUUCUGUGCUCACUCUAUUAAUUUCUCAGGUAGGGGCAGCUGACAAAGAUAGUAGCUUAUGUAUCUAUUCUGUUUCUUUGAAUUUAUCUUGGACUUUAUAUUACGGAUCAUCAGGAAUUCCUAAACUCAGAACUUUUAUCCUAACAGUGAAGAGCAUCUUUGCCUGGGAUCUAUACAUUCUGCAACAAUCUUGGUGUUGUUCUCUAAAAGUAAGGUAUUUAUAUUUUUCAAGAUAUUAAUUCAUUGUAUUCAAGGACCAAUGUUUUUAAAACUUUCAGUAAAGGUGGGUCAAAUUAUUUGAAUCAAAAGAAUAAAGGUUUAUUUUUCAGAAUGUAUGGCUUCAGAUAGAUGAAAUAUCAAUAGGUGACAGAUAAGAAAACAAAAAAAACUUGGCCAUAUUGCAUUUUUAUGACAAUUAUCAGAAAAAAGGAAAUUUGGAAAUGAAUCUGAUAUAAAUAUGAAACAUGAAACAGUUCAAAAAUUCUAUUGGAAAAGGCUUACAGGAUUCACCAUUAGGUUUGGACUUUGCUUAAUACAUCCAAUAACUAUAGAGUAUUUAGGAGCAAGAGAUAUUUGAAGCUUCGUUUGAAACAUCUUAAGACCUAUUUCUAAACUAUAAUAUAUUUAGUGUACAAAGUAUUCAAUUUAGUGUAAAACUGUAGCAUCAUUCAGCUGAGACUUCUGUGCUCAGUGGGUCAUAGUGAGAAGGCAGGAGCACAAGACAGAAAGAGGUGACUGGUCGGAAGAGAAAUAGAAAAAGACAGGACUAUUCACGGGAGGAUGUGAUAAAUGAAAUAGUUAUGAAAUAUUCUUAAAGUCAAUAGUAAGAUUUAAUUCAUAUUUUAGAUAAUUACAUAUUGAUUGUGGUGCAACAUGGGAGGGCCAAUAUACACUAAAAAAGAGAGAAAAUUCUCUAAUAGCAUAAAAGUCUGUAUGAGCAGAUCAGAAUUGAAGUGGGUAAUAAAAUGUUUUUUGUAAAGAUGGAAACAGAUGCUGUGAGACAUAGAGGCUCCCAAGGGCAUGAAUCAAUGGAACCUGGAAGAAUUUCUCACAUCAGAAAUGAGCGGGGAAAAAGUGAUUUAUUCUGAUUUGGUAAUUGAGCCUCCAUCGCAGUCGCAGAGGAGAACCCGUGAGUUAUCUGAAGCCCAGCGGAGUACCCAUUUGGAACAGCACGGUCGUUCUGCUCCUUCGUCUGCAUGGAAAUUAAUUGCACUGGGUAUGCUGUUCAUCUCCAUGGGCCUUCUUUUGUCUCUUAUAACCGUAGCCACAAAGUUUUGUUCUUCAGCAGCAGAGACAUAUUCAGAAAAUCUCACCUGCAGCCAAGGAACACAUCAACAGAGAUUGCUUUCAGGAAAUUCAAAGAAUGAACAGUCACUAAUAAAUGUUCAAGCUUGGAAGUGUCACCCUUGUGAUGACAACUGGCACCAGUAUGGGAGCAACUGCUACUUUGUUUCUUCAAGUUUAACAGCUUGGGAAGUUUGUAAACUUCAAUGUGCAUCUUCUCUUUCAACGUUUUUUAGAUUCAAUGCUAAAGAAGAGCUGGAUUUUGUAAAGAAAAUAUCAAGAAUGGGGUGUCAUACAAGUUCAAAAAACCUUUGGACCAGCUUAAAAUUCAAUGGCAGCCAAUGGACUUGGUUAGAUGGCUCAGUUUUUACCUCGGAUGAGUUUCAAUUGGAUAGAACUGACAUGGCUGAUAAUCAAUGUAAAUAUAUAAAAGAUGGUCAAUUACUAAGUGGUGACUGUACAGCACCAGGUUUUUGUGUAUGCAAGAAGACAGUAAAGGAAAAUUAAGGGUUUAAGAUUUAUAUGGAAAGAAAAGAUGAAAUACAAAUAUCAAUAUUUUUCCAAGAUAAUUUUUACCUCAUAUUAAAAAAAUCUUUUUCUAAAAAUCUGUACCUUUAGGAUAUUAAAUACAAUACAAUAUUACUUGUAGCAAAUAUGAUGCCAAAUAUUCUUAAGCAUAUUAGUUAAUCAAAAGUCUACAAUAUAUUAACAGUGAAAGGCAUGAGAUAUAAAGGGCAGUAAGAAUGGAAAGAAGAAAUUAAGAAAAUGUGGAAGAGAGAAUUCAUACAAUUCUGGAGAUUAAAGUUUUCUUAUUACGUUUAUUGGUACAAUUUAGAUAGAAAUUCUAGAAGUUUGAGGUUCAACAUUAGUUUGUUUUCUGAGAUCUUUCUGUGUUUCUAACAUGCAAGUUAACUGCUGUAAGUUUCAUUCAUAGGACUGCUUUUACUGGGUCACAUAGUUCCGGAAAGAUAUAUCAGAGACAUCAUUUAAUUGUAGAUACUAUUUAAUUUCUUCUUUAAUUUCAUUUGUGAUCCAUUGUUUGUUCAGUAGGUGUUAUUUAAUUUUCAUGGGUUUGUAGAGUUUUUAUGAUUUCUUUUGCUAUUGAUUUCCUGUUUCAUUGUACUAUGGUCUGAUAGGAUGCAUGGGAUAAUUUCAAUUCAUUUGCAUUUACUAGUAUGUUCUAUGGAUUAGUAUAUGCUCUGCUUUAGAGAAUGUUUCAUGUACCCCUAAGAAGAAUGUGUGUUCUGAUGUUGUGGGGUGCAGCACUCUGUAGCUUUCUAGUAAGUCUAUUUGCUCAUAUUUGGUUCAGUUGUGAAAUGUUGAUUUUGUAUAAUUGAUCUAUCUAUUUAUAACAGUGGCAUGUUAAGGGGUGGAUUAUAGUAGUUAACUGGUUGUGUUAAUUUGAAUAAGAAAUUUCCAACUAAAUUGGAUCAGUAUAAUUCUGGGUGUAGAAGAUUCAUGCUGAGGGUGAUUGUAGACAGAGAAUUUUAAAAGAGAAAUGAAGAAGGAAGGCUUGCUUCUCUUUCUUUGGAAGACCUCUAGUUUUUAUCUCCACCGUGGCUAUCACUUCCUGGUUUCUAGCACAGACUCUUCAGUCUUCCAGGAUGCACUCUUCAGUCUCCCAACAUAGAUCUUUCUGUCUCCUGAUACAGACCCAAAUUGGACAUUGUAUUGAGCUCCUCGCCUUCAACUAGAUCCUUUGGAUCCCCACCUGGAGGCAGGCCUUUUAUACUCUUCCACAUCUGACUCUGCGGAUGGCCUUGUAAGGCAAUAAAUUCAUAUAGAUAUAGAUAUACAUAUUCAUAUACAUAUAGAAAGAGAGAUAUAAAUAUAUUUAUGUCAUAAUAAAUUUGUUUCUCUAGCAACCAGUGACUAAUAAAGAAAUUGAAAUAGAUAAACACAUGUGUCAAAUAGGUGAUAUUAUUUUACAGAAAAUAUAUUACUUAGGGUCAGAAAAGUUCAUAUGACACGAAACACAUUUUAAUUUACCAAGAUAUGACGUUCCCAAUAGGCACAAAUGCAAUAAUGUAGCUUUAAAAUACAUAAUAAAAUAUUUGAAAAACCAACAGAAUAAAUAGGAAAAAAUGAAAUCAGCUUCAUAGUGUGAUAUUUAAAAUAUUCCUGCAACUGUUAAAGAUGAAGAUCAAAGUUCAACAAUAGAUUUGAAUGUGAAAGUAGCAAUAUUUUCUAUUACUAUAUAAGUAAUUUAGCAUUACAUAGAGAAUAUUGUUUUUCUCAACAUCUUAGAAAAAAUUAGAUGAUAAUGAUACAUCAGGAGAGCACAGAGAUCUACAAAUUGUCAAGUUGAUUUUUUGUAAAAAGUAAUGAGACAAAAAUCUUUGGAGAAAUUCACAGAGGAAAAUUGUCAGAAAGCAUAGAUAAAAAUAUCAGAGUUUACCAAGGGGAUGUAUAUAGAGUUAAAACAAUUUAUCAAAUAAAAACUUACCUUUAUUUUAUUUCAUGUAAAUCCAAAAAUGUCAACAAAAAAUCUAGGCAAAUGUAAUUGAUUUAAAAUUUGAAUAAUUAUAAAUCAUGAAAUUAUUAAGUUGAUGGCUUACUCUUUUGAUAUGGCUGAAGGGCUUUCAGCAUGAUUUUCAUAUGUCUUGGACUAUUUUUCAAUAUCAUAUAAGCUAUUGUGAGAUAUAGAAAACAAAUAAAUCUAGGUUUUUUUUGUUUUGUUUUGUUUUGUUUUUCUUUUUCCUUUUUAUCAGUACUGGGGAUCAAACUCACGACUGCUUGCUUGCAAGGCAGGCGCUUAUGCCGCUGAGCUAAAUCUCCAGCCCGAAAACAAAUAAAUCUGAAUUUUCCCUAAGAUGAGUUUGAUAUUGAUAAAAUAAAACGUAUUGAGAGAAUUAAAGCAGUAUACUGUUUGAUUUUAUACUUAACGUGAAUAUUUAGACACAUUUUCAAAGUCAAAAUUAUUACAGUUGAUAGUUAUAAAAAUCUUUAAAAAUUAAGACUUUUGCAUAUUUUAUGUAUAAUCUAUUUUACACUAUGAACUCAUUUAUAAUAAUUCUACAAUGUAAGUAAUUUAACUGACCAAGUGAUUCUUACCUUAAUGCAAAAGAAAUGCUCUUAUAAAUAAUUACUUAAUCAGAAAGAUCUAACUAGAUAUUGAAAAUAUCUAGUUAGAGUAUAAUAAAAUAGUCAAAAUAUACAUGAAUUUAAGAGGUAGUUCCUCCCCAACUACAAGAAUAAUAAAUUUCAUUUUAAUAAAUGCAUGGCUCUCUACAGAUCUGUAAUAGUGGCAUGGACUAGAAGUUAGCCUCUAUGAUUAGACUUGUAUUGAAGGACAAGUCCUUAUAGGUGAGGCGAGAUCCUCUGCAGUGCACACACAUGGGGAAGAGCUGGUUUGGUGAGGACAGACACACUGCUACCACAGGAAAGUGAUUUCUUAUGGCGAAGUGUAUGGUAUAGUAACCCGAGUUUUUAAAAGUCCAAAUGGCACUUGUUCUCACCAUUUUUCCCACCACCAUUGAAGGUAUUUUUCUUGGAAUGUAAGAGUGGGCGAAGAGUGUGAAAUAUGUACAGUCUACAACAUUUCGGGGAGUUCAGGUUCCAGAGCUCAGGUGGAGUUGGACAUGAAGGUGAACCAAACUCUGAAUCUCAGCCAAAAUCCCUGCCAGAGAAAAACAGACAAGAUCCAAGAACUCAAACAUAUGGCACUGGAGAUAGAGGAGUGGGGUCUGUGGACUGCGGACCAACACAGGUAGUUUUGCAGCAUGACUUUAUAUUGUAUUAGUAAUGUAACAGCCUGAGAAAAGGGCGUGCCUGGCUGUAACACCUUGGGGUCUGAUGCUGUGACUCUUGGAAACAGGAAAUCCUUUAAAAGUCCAACCCAGUGGUUCCUCUUGCCUUUGACCUGUACCACCUGAUUGGCUACUUUUCAGCUGUAGAACAAGUGGGACUCCCUGCUACCUGCCAGGAGAGCAUCUGUGUUCUCUAGGCUGCUUUCCUGAGGCUCCAGAGACCAGCUCAAAAUGAACACCAGAAUCUGUUCUUUUCUGUCUAGUAAUAAAUCUCUUGCAAUGUAA